UAUAUUAAGAGAUAUAUAUUCUCUGAAGCUUGGAAUUAAGAAAGAACAGGUGUUCUAUUAGGAAAACAUUAACAGUAACUGUUAGAUAUGCCUGAAUUUACUGAGCAUUUAUUUAAUUGUAAUUCCUUGCAGAUUACUUACAUGGUAUAUCUCCUUAGUGUUUUGCACAUUAUGUGCUAAUUAAAUAUCUGUAGGUUGGCUUUAAAUACCUGUACCUCAGACCAAAUAAAGAGAUUGAGCCCUGAACAGAAAUUGUAUAUAUGCUGAAUAUGUGCCUUAUGCACCCCCUAACUCCUGAGUGUUUUUUUGUUUGUUUGUUUGUUUUGUUUGUUUGAUUGUUUGUUUUUGCAGGCUUUAACGCCAAAAAGAAAAAGAAAGUGGCAGAGAUAUACCAGGCUCUGAACAGUGAUCCCAUUGAUGUGCCUGCCCUUAGACGCAUGGCUAUUAGUGAAGGAGGGCUCCUGACUGAUGAGAUCAGACGAAAAGUGUGGCCCAGACUCCUCAAUGUCAACACCAGUGACCAGCCUCCUAUAUCAGGGAAAGACUUACGACAGAUGAGCAAGGACUACCAACAAGUGCUGCUGGAUGUCAGGCGGUCCUUACGGCGGUUUCCUCCUGGCAUGCCAAGAGAACAGAGGGAAGGACUCCAAGAAGAACUGAUUGACAUCAUCCUCCUCGUCUUGGAGCGCAACCCUCAGCUGCAUUACUACCAGGGCUACCAUGACAUCGUGGUCACAUUUCUGCUGGUGGUAGGAGAGAGCCUGGCAACAUCCCUGGUAGAAAAAUUAUCUACCCACCACCUCAGGGAUUUCAUGGAUCGAACAAUGGACAACACCAAACAUAUAUUAAACUAUCUGAUGCCUAUCAUUGACCGGGUGAAUCCAGAACUCCAUGACUUCAUGCAGAGUGCCGAGGUGGGGACCAUCUUUGCCCUCAGCUGGCUCAUCACCUGGUUUGGGCACGUCCUGUCUGACUUCAGGCACGUGGUGCGGUUAUACGACUUCUUCCUGGCCUGCCACCCCCUGAUGCCCAUUUAUUUUGCAGCUGUGAUCGUGUUGUAUCGAGAGCAGGAAGUCCUGGAUUGUGACUGCGACAUGGCCUCAGUCCACCACCUGUUGUCCCAGAUCCCUCAGGACCUACCCUAUGAGACGCUGAUUAGUAGAGCCGGAGACCUCUUUGUUCAGUUUCCCCCAUCUGAACUUGCUCGGGAGGCAGCUGCUCAACAGCAAGCGGAGAAAACGGCAGCUUCUACCUUCAAAGACUUUGAGCUGGCAUCAGCCCAGCAGAGGCCUGACAUGGUGCUGCGGCAGCGGUUUCGGGGACUUCUGCGGACUGAGGAUCGAGCAAAAGACGUCCUGACCAAACCAAGAACCAAUCGCUUUGUGAAACUGGCAGUGAUGGGGCUGACGGUGGCACUUGGAGCGGCCGCCCUGGCUGUGGUGAAAAGUGCCCUGGAGUGGGCCCCUAAGUUUCAGCUGCAGCUUUUCCCCUAAAUGCCAGAGAAGAUUCUUCCUCUGACAUUACUUUAAGGUCUCGCCCUUCCGUGGAAGGAUGGGGAGGGGUGGGAUGUCCUUUAUUAAAAGGGUUUCUGUCAA